AUGGACUCGGCAUUAGUGGCAUGUGUGGAGGAAGUAGCAUUUGAUGGCAUUCAAGGUUGCUCUUUAAAUCGGCUAUGGAGUCUGCUCGAAUUACGGAUUUCAAAACAGUGUCAGAGUUUGGAUGAAUCAUCCAAUGCAUUUGAAUUUGAAGCGAAACAGUCAAUACUGGAAAAUGAGCCAGCCAAGCAAGGUAUGCUCAUUGAUGUAAACAUGCGACAGUUUUUGUUUCGACAGAUGCUCCAACUUCGAGACCUCGCUUUCCAUCACGGUCCUUUGAACCCAAAAAAAGAUGCUCAAAUGUUGGAAAGAUCUGAUUUGUCCAAUAUACCUUUUAGUCAACUCGAGCAAGCGUAUCCAUUGAAAAUCUACUUGGUAGCAAGUGAAACCGCCCGAUUCAGGGUUUUGCAAAUCAACAAAAGUACCGUUCCAAUUAGCGACAAUGUGUUUGAAGUGUUGGAUGUGAUUGUCAAGGGACGUGAAAACGGUGCGUCCCAAUCGGAAAUCUCUAAACUACUGGCAAAAGAUCCACGAUCUACAUUUUACACUAUCAAGGUUCUCAAAAAGUCAAAUCUCAUUUUGAAUUACCCCAUAGUCAAAAAUAAGAUUCGAACUCAAAACUGUGUUCAUCGACGAUUCAUUGAUGAGUGCAAAGCAUAUCACACAUACAUGAAAAAUAUGGGAUUGAUUGCUCAGCUUGGAAAUGCAGGAGAGUCGUCCAAGCUGAUUAUAGACUCCACUGCCAAUAGUAAUGAGCAAUUGGAAUUUGUUAUUAAUCCUGAUGGCAUCAAGGAAACAAUCAUGUCUCUUGUAAUGGGAUCGGCUAAUCAAGUUAUGGCUAUCGAGGAUAUUUUUCUGGCACUUAAUUUUCAAAAAACUAGACAAGCCCGUAAAUCAUUUUUUCGUAUUAUUUGUAUAUUGGUCAACAGCCAGUAUUUGGAUCGCAUUAACAUCGUUGAUCCAAAAAUCAAAAAUGGCACUCGCACAGUUAAAUGCGUGCGUGGUAAUCGCGCAUACAUUAGCUCCAGUAAAUCGACUCUCAAUCAAAGUGCACUAUUGUGCUCGGAAACAGCCCAGCCACUUUCUCAGCCAUCUGCAUCAUUAUUAGCAGACCAAACUAUUCACACCAACCAUGUGCCAGACAGUAUUGUUUGUUCACAACCAGCUGGUCGAUUUCUUAGCAAUGUGCCUAUUCAAAAACAGGUCUAUGAUAUUAUAGAAUCGACUGGCACGGAGGGUAUUGUCAUAUCAGAUAUUUGUAAAGCACUUGGAGGAGUUUAUCUCCGCAUGCUGCACCAAAUUACGACCAAGAUGAGCACUAAUGUUUCUACGAAAACGCCAUUUUUGACCACUAUUGCCGAUAAUCAGCUUAAAUCACAUAUGCUGCGCAUAUAUUCAUCUCGAAUGCUUGGAAUGGUGGAACUUGAUCGUGCGCCUUGUGCUACAAAAGAUGCAAAUUCUGUGAUAGGUGAUGAUGAUACACGCCUUAAAAAUCACCAAAAUGUGCAUGAUAAGACUGCCAAUCCAACAGCCAAAUUUGAUUUAGAUACACCUCGGAAUCUCUUGACCAAGUCUAAUACCACUUUUGAUUGUCCAAUCAUAGCUACUGAUGCGACACUUGGCUCGCAAUCUUUGGUUGCAGAGCAUAGCCCACUUUUAGAAUUACCCCUUCUGCCAGCUGUCGAGUCUAUUCCAGCUCCAAGAUCAAAGCGGAAAUCAAGCCGUAGACCUGCUCAUGUAUCUAGUUCGCUUACUGAUGAUAGUAAUACACGUUCAGCGUCGAAAAAGAAAACUAGUGUACAUGCUUCUCAAAGUGACCAUCCGGUGAAUAAUAAAACUGCUGUUUUUGAUGGCACUGAUUGCAUCCUUACGCCCUUGCCUAUGGUGGAGCACACAUUGCCACCUAUGACCACUCGACAAUCUACUCUUACACGUGCUUGUAGCACUGCCUCGGGCAAAGUUGAAUGCCGUAAUGGAAACGCACAAUUGGAGAUAAACGCUCAUUUUCAAUUAGAUCAACCCCAGCAACAUAAACAAGACGAUUCAAGCCCAACAGUAAACUAUUUGACUCGAAAAGAGAAAAAACGAUCACUCGAGACUCUUGGAACGCAUUCAGGCGAUGCUUUGUUUUCAAAAAAACAAGCUUUGGCUCCACCAUCAAACGAAUCUGUCGGUACGGAUAUUAUAGAUAAAGAAGCCUCGAUUCAUACUCCAAGUGAAGCAAUAAACAGCACUUCCGAUACAGAGAACACUCUUCAAUUCACCAAACCCAUUGUUUUAAUAUCUAUCGCACCCAACACCGAGCCAUCACCAGGUUCUUCAUCUACUGGACGUGCAUGCGAGAUUUGCCAUAUGCCUAUUCCAAAAAACCUUGAUCCAAGUGUUGUUGUUGUUUGUUGUUUUGGAUGCAAAAAAUGGUACCAUGGUCGUUGUCGCAAAUACAAACUUAGCAGGACACCCAUAGGCAAAUGGGUCUGUUCUUCAAAAUGCAAUCCAUCUCAAGCAUCAUUAUGGAAGCAGCGUGUACUUUUCGAUCAAGUGGUUAGACCACAAUUGGUUAAGCGUGCCACUGACUCGAAAAACCUAUCUACUACACCUUUAAACAAAGUUGCGCAAGUGGAUAAAUUGCUUGAUGAAAAUAGCUUGAGCGGGGAAAUUCAAAACAAUACGUCUACUCAACCUGAUACACCUCUAACCAACACACCGCAAGCUACAAGCCCCUCCCUCACUCUGAGCAAUAGAUUAAGAAAAUCGACUGUUCCCAAUACACAUUCCUCACGAAGUCAGAUUAUUCUUGAAUAUCUUGAGGCACACCACGUUCUUGUUAUUUCGUCAAAAUCAGGCGACAUUUUGAAAAAGUUUGAAAUGGAACGAGAAAACGGAAAUUCUAACUUGGCACCGGUUAAAUAUAGCAAAAUAGAUAAACGAACGGUGGAGCGAGCAGGCAAAAUGCUUCAAAGCGAGGGCAAAAUUAAACUAUACUCUUUUUCCAUCAUGUCACUGACUGGCCGAACAAGUAUGAAAACAAUUAUGCUACAUGGUAGUUUGACACCACAGAGCAAAGUAGUAAAGGAUCAUUUAAAAAUACUACGAGCAGAGGCGAUUUUAAAACCGCAAACGGUUAUUAAAAAGGUUAUGAGAAGCAGCCAGAUCCAAGUGCAGCGACUAAAACGUGUUGAUCAAGAUGGUCGAAUUAUAGAUUCAACCGCUGAUUACGACAACAAAGAGAGUGAUGAUGCAAUGGAAGACACCCUUGACGGCACAAAGACAUUUGGAAAUGAUCAGUUUAAAGACUCGAUGGCAGAUCUACAGUUGAAUGACUCACAUCCAAGUAGCCCCUUUUUAGCGCCUUUUGAUCAGAAUUUUGACCUGAACCGCAUACCUAAUUUCAACCUCAACUUUGAUUCCAACUUUACAGCAGAUGAGAAUAUUGCCACUGGUAGUAGUUCAGAUCAAAAUAUGAAUGCUCUACAGUUGCAUCGCGGAUUUGAUUCAGACAAUGAGUCUAGUCAACCUAUUGCUACACCAUUGCAGUCUAACCUAUCUGAAGUAGCAAAUACGUGUUUAGUGCGUUCUCAGCAAACUCCAUCUUCAACCCCACAGAUUCUUUCCACGGUAAAUAAUGUAGUUGUGGGUGAUUCAGCAGAUAUUUUAGAACCACAACAUACGACUGAAAAAUUGGAGACUAGUCGAGCCAUUGCUUUCAACUAUGGCUAUAUGGAUGCCAAGUUUAUUCGUGCCAAAAUUUUCUACGAAUGGUUGUUCACCAUAACUGUUCUCAAUCCUAUUAUGUCGUCACAUAGCAACAGUGCUGAUGAAGGCCAUGCGGCAGAAAAAGACGGAGUACGCACCAAUCGUAUUGUGGAGUCGUUGCGUUUCUUUUCAGAGCUUCCAUUUGACAUUUUUGUAAAGUGUAUUGGACUGUGUUCUCAAUCCUCAAUCGCUGAUGCUAUCAUACUGCGAAAAGGUCUCAAUCUAAUAUUAAGCGAUUUAUGUAGCCUGGGAUUAGUACAUGCUUCCGACGAAACUGGAACUGUUGAAAAAGAGUUGGAAAAAUCUUGGAUGAUGUCUCUAGCCAAUAUGCCACAGUUUUUCCGAGUUGAGCGACGGGCUGGUCUUUUUGAUUAUUCUAUGAUGCCGCCACUGCUGAUUCGACAUAUUGAUAUACGAUCGGUGUCUGAUGUUGCCUCGUUUUGGAUUCGUUUGGAGAAUCAGUGUUUAGCCCAUUCUACCAAUUAUUUUGUUGAUGGCCACAAACUUCAAUCCAAAAUCAAAGCCUACGAGUCAGAUAUUGAUAAUGCAAACGGUCAGUCUUUGGACCAGACCCAUUCAACAUGCGACUUGUCUCAAAUGGAGUCACAAUCGGGCAAACCCUACUCUUUGUCCAAUGUCUUUAAUAUUUCACUCAGUCAAUCCAAGUUACAGCAUAGUCUUUUUCAUACGCGCAAUUGGCGUGUUACUUACCGAUUUACAACUGCACAAAUAGCAGUAUUGAUGAGCAAAAUAGAUAGAAAAAAUGGAACUACGCCAUGGAAAAACGACUUGAUUUGCCAUGCUCUUGCUGUUGAAACUGGAUUGAUUGUUCCACGAAUCAAGAGCUUUUAUAGAAAGUAUCAAGAAAAGCUGCUUUCACAGAAACAAAUGCAGCAAAUUCGCUGCAAACAGCAAAAUGAGAACAAGGCACGAAAGUUUUUGUUGGGCAUUCGAAAGCACCAAUUGUCUACACAAGCAGCAUCAUCUGGAACAGACAAUGCUGUAUCAACUCAAAUGCCUACAGAUGAUAGCAAGAGCAAAGAUAUUGGGUUCAAGACUGCCCAGCGUGCACGAGUAAAGUCUAAAGUAUCUCGAGUGAUUCGCCCUUCUCGAAUUGCGGCUGCUAAUGCACUACAGCGAGUUGGAUUUUCAGAUGACGCGAUAGCGUCUCGAUUGCCCUUAUCAGACUCUAGCCAAUCCGAAUACACGAGAUAUAAUACUGAUUCAAUUUCUAAACUUCGAAUUAGACACGCAUGGACGCCUGAAGAAGACAGAAUGAUUUUAAUGGGUCACACAAUUUUAUUACAUCGGUUUUAUACUGGUCGUAUUUCUUGGAUUCCGAUUUCCAAACUUUUUGAAAGUUCAAAAAACUAUGAUACAUGCCGUAGAAGAUUUGUGAGAUUGUGCAAAUCUCUUGAAAAUGUCAAGCUUCUGUAUAUGCUGCGUAGAUAUUGGCCAAGAAUCUAUGAACAGGGGCUUUCUGAUAAUGCUUUUGAAAAUCAAUCGAAUGUAAAACCAUCAGAGUUUAAACUCGUGGAUAUGGUAACUUAUUUUCAAGCGUCUAUUUCCGAAGAUUCACUAAGUUUAAACUGUCAGCUGAAUAAUAGCAAUUUGAACGUUAAACUCCCUUCCAACUAUGAGACCUUGAUGAAUGAGUAUACAUUUAGUCCAAUACAAGGAGAGCUUUCCAAAGAAUUUAGAGUACCUUUGAACGAUGGCCUUGAUUUGUGCACCAGCACACGAAUGCGAAUGGCCAUUAUGUACUGUGUUCCAAUAACACUUACUAAUAGCGACUCUACAGUUCCCGACUUUCCUAAAUCAACAUAUUUGGAGAGCAUGGCUGAUGAAGACUCGAUUAUGCAAUAUAUUGAGCAUAAUAAGCUUCAAACAAUUGUCAAGGCCAUUUUGUUAACACCAUCCUCAUUAUACAUUCCUGCGCAAGUGUUUUUAUUGCUGACCUGUUUUUCAUCUGAUCGACUGUCAUCAGCAAUAUCAAGUUUGAGAAGUGAUGGACUAAUCACUUAUGCUGGCUUGGUUGACCAUCGUCGUCUUCCUGGUCGUCAGUAUAAUCUUACUGAAAAGUUUUUGCUUGCAAUUACAGGUCCGCUUCGAUCACAAAUGAUACCAGAGACGUUUUCGGCGUGGAACUUGAUUCAGUCUAAAGCCCAGAAUGGUCCAUGGCGUCUUAAUAAUUUUUUUGAAGGUCCUAUGGUGGCUGCCUUAUUAUCUUGUGCAGUUAGUGGUGAUAUUCACAUAGACGUUGAAAUCAAAUGGGACGCAUCGGUUGGAGUUGAAAGUCAAAACGUUUUUAUUGACGUGUCAUUGACCAAUAAUGGACAAAACACACCACCUACAUUAGGAAAUACAACUACAAAACGACCCACUGCUUCACUGAAAUCGGCUAAUGACAAUGAAGAGCUGCCAUCGCAUUCUAAUUCCGAUACUCUCAAACGUAUUUGCACCGACUUGAAUCAAUCUUUACACCAUGAAUCUACAUCAAACUCCAAAAAUGCAGCUUUACUCAACAAUCUAGCUAUUUUAAAAGGAGCUUCUGCAAAAGAUACGGAUGUGAACAAAUUGCUAGAUGAGGCGUGCAGUUUUAGAUCUGAUGCUAAUGGCGCUUAUCUUCGACUUUUGUUUGAUGCGAUUGAAACGGCGGGAAUUAUUGGAAAAACAUACACUCAACUUCAGGAAUUGAGCUACACAGACUAUACUGCAUUUUCUUUGGACAUUCAUUUGGAUAUUUUAAAAUCGAUAGUUGUGAGUGUACAUGUUCCCAUGAUUUCCAAAGUUGGAUUCAAGACUUUUCAAUAUGUUGCAUUUCCAUAUGCGCACCAUUGGCAUUCACCCAUUAUGCCUGAUAUUGAGUCUGAAUCACCGAGUAGGCUUGAUACCUCACUUGCAUACUAUCCUAUUGAGGAUACUGCCAAUAAGCAGACUCGCUCAAAUCUGUGUGAUGAUGUUUUGCUGCAUGUUCCUACCAGACUUUGGACAAACUCGAAUGGAUCGCGUUUGGAUGCUGUGUGGCUCGCAUGUCUUGAAUCGACUCUUGGAGUUAUUGUAUGCAAACCUGGCAUCUAUGAAUCUCGGAUUCAAAAAGGAUUGGCUUAUGUUUUGACCCCCGUUGAAUUGCACGAGGUACUCGAUGAAUUGGUGUUGCGUCGUUUAUGUACUCGAGAGCGAUACACAGUAGGCAAACAGCUCGAGAAUGCAUUUGAUGGACUGUUUAAUACAUCUUUUGCUGAAUCACAAAAGUACUUUUUUCAAUCACAAGAAAAUUCGUUUCAAAGUAGUAAUACCGUCACUGCAUACUUUCCAACGACCGAUUGGUUCAAAUUGCAUUGA